AUGGCCGCGGCCUGGCAGGACGUGGUGCGGGACGCGGCGGCCGUGCGGGAGGCGGCGGCGGUGGCGGUGGACGCGGCGCUGCUGGCGGGGGUGCUGAUGCGGACCGGGGAGCAGCCCAACGCCUCGGAUGUGGUGAAUUAUGCCCCCUUCACGCUGCUCCCAUCCGCAGUGCCACGGGCCUUGUUUGAACAAGCCUACGCCGUCCAGCAGGAUUUUAACCUGCUGGUGGAUGCUGUCAGUCAAAACAGAGAAUUCCUGGAGCAAACUCUGGCCAGCACCAUCAAGGUCGACGACUUCACAGCUCGGCUCUUCAGAAUCUACAAGCAGGUUUUGGAGGAAGGCCUGGCUCAGACUGUGUUUUUGGGCAUCAACCGCUCCGAUUACAUGUUUGACUGUGGGCUGGAAGGCGCAGCAGCUCUGAGGCAGAUAGAAAUAAACACCAUUGCUGCCAGCUUUGGGGGGCUCACCUCCCGCACUGCUGAUGUCCACAGGUUGGUGUUGAAAGUGCUGGGAAAGAGUGAGGAGGCAUCACAGCUGCUGCCCAACAACCCAGCCAAGGGGCUGGCCUUGGGAAUUGCCAAAGCUUGGGAGCUCUAUGGGUCCCAAAGGGCUGUGGUGAUGUUUCUGGUGGAGGACGUCCAGAGGAAUAUUUUUGAUCAGCGUUGUGUAGAAAAUGAGCUUUGGAACAGGAACAUCCGCGUGCUGAGGAAGCGGUUCCGGGACGUGUUUGAGCAGGGCUCCCUGGAUGCCAGCAGGAGGCUGUAUAUGGACGGCCAGGAGGUCGCAGUGGUGUAUUACAGGGAGGGCUACGUGCCCCAGGUCUACGAUGAGCAGAACUGGGAGGCGCGGCUGCUGCUGGAGCGCUCGCGGGUGGUGAAGUGCCCCGACAUUGCCACGCAGCUGGCGGGCACCAAGAAGGUGCAGCAGGAGCUCAGCAGGCAGGGGACACUGGAGAAGCUGCUGCCAGGCCACCCCGAGGCCAUUGCUCGGAUCAGAGCCACCUUUGCAGGACUCUACUCCCUGGAUGAGGGUGAAGAAGGUGACAGAAUGGCUGCCACAGCCAUCGCUGACCCCGACCGCUUCGUGCUGAAGCCUCAGCGUGAAGGUGGAGGGAACAACCUCUAUGGUGAAGAGCUCAGGGAGGUUCUGGAGAAGGUCAAAGACAGCCCUGAGAGAACUUCCUACAUCUUGAUGGAUAAGAUCAAACCCCAGCCAGCACUGAAUUACCUGCUGAGGGCUCACAGUCCCCUCCAAGUGUCUGAGUGCAUCUCUGAGCUCGGGAUCUUUGGUGUCUAUGUCAGGCAGGGCAGGGAGCUGCUGCUGAACGAGGCCGCCGGGCACCUGCUGCGCACCAAGGCCAUCGAGCACGCGGACGGCGGCGUGGCAGCGGGGGUGGCCGUGCUGGACACGCCGUUCCUGGUGUGAGGAGCCACAGCCCCACCCUCCUGCUCUGCUGCCUCAAGAGCUGAUCUGCCCCAGGGGUUCCUCCUUAGGGUGCUUGCCACGGUCUGACUGCUGGAGGCUGUGAGGAGGGACUGUGUG